UCCGACCACCAAAGUUUCUCUGGCCGACGAACUUUUCCGGUGAAAUCCUCCAAUCAGACUCGCUCCGGCCAACUGCAAAAAAACCACUCCGUCAGUGUGCUAGUGGUACUGAUUUUCAUCUAGUGGUAUGCUACCAGUAGUUGUGGUACGUACUAGUGGUAGUGGUACGCUACAAAUACCACUCGUACCGCUACCAGUGAGUAGUGGUACGCUACCACUACCACUAGUAGCGUACCACUAGACAGAAAUCAGUACCACUACUCACUGGUACCGCUACCACUGAGUACUGGUACGCUACCACUACCACUGGUAGUGUACCAGAAAUCAGUACCACUAGAGAAUAACAUAAAAAAACAAGAUCUGGAAUCUGGAAAAUCCCAGAUCUGGAAAAAAAUUAAGGAAUGAGGAAAGGAGAAGGAAGGGGAGAGGUUGUUACCUAGCGGCGGCGGCUGAGGAGGACGGCGAGAGAGAGAUGGCGGUGACAGGAGUUGGAGGGAGGAGAGAGGGCUGCGAUGGUGGGAGGCGGAGGACGCGACGGCUGCGGAGGGAGGGAGAGAUGGUGGCGGUGGCGACGGGAGGGAAAGACGACGACGGUGGCGACGGGAGGGGGCGGCGGCAGCGGCGGCGACGACAACGGGAGGGAGAGACAGAGAGUAGUUAGGGUUCUCGGGAGAGGAAAGAGAGAGAGGGGAGAGAGGAAGAGCUUUUUUUUUUGGAAAUCAGAUUAUAUAGAAAAUGAGAAAGGAUCCUCUGUGGUAAGUUUUUCUCUUCCAAAAAUAUCAUUCAUUUAAUCAAAACCGUUAAUUUGAAAAACCAAGAGAGAGGGUGGAUCUAAUGGCUGCGAAGGAGGAAGUGAAAAUCACAACCCCAUGAGGGUUGUGACGCUAUCUAAACCCGCCUUAUGGUGUGUUUUCUUUGCUUAGGAAGAUGUACGUCAUUGUUCUUGUUUUCCGGCGAGAAAACUAGCGUUGAAAUAAAUUGAUUGCACCUUUGACUUCUUUGGACAACGAUCACUAAACACGGUUCACACCUCUUCAAACACAGUUCGAACGAGGGUGUUCGAUGUUUACACGACUCUCGAGACAGAUCUACAUUAAGUUACUCCUACUCCUAUGGAGGUUCUGAGAGAGCUCCAAAUCUACGACUACUGAUAAAAAUUUGCAGAGGAAAGAUAAGAUUGAUAAAACUUGACAAGUGGUGUCGAAUGGUGAUUUUUGCGGGCCUUUCUUUGACAACUCUUCCUCCUAUUUAUAGGCCUGAGGUGAUAACCGUCGUAGAAAACUUUCUGGAGAGUAACUUCCAAAAAGAAACCGCCUCCCUUCUUUCCCGGACGUGGCUGACGUGUCCUUGAACGUGGAAUAAUUGACAGUUUCUCAAUCAAACCGUCGGCUCUUCCUUUUGAAACUGUCGUCUUGUUACUUGCCCUUUUCUUUAUCAAACAUGGCGCGACAAGGCUUGUCGCGACGAGGCGGUCUACCAAACUUUACGCGAGGAGGCUUGGCGCUUGGACUUGGUAGAGGCUUGGCGGACUUGCGACAAGGUGGCCUGGCGAACUCGCGAAGUGGCUUGACGCGAGGAGGCUUGGCGCUCGAACUUCGUUUAUCUUGUGACCUUCUCCCCUCGUAUCUUGUAGACUCACGAUGUGGUUUAGACAAGGCGGUUUGUCGCGACAAGGCGGUCUACCAACUUGACGCGAGGAGGCUUGACGCGAGGAGGCUUGACGCGAGGAGGCUUGACGCGAGGAGGCUUGUCGCGAUGAGGCACCAGACUUAGUUUAUUCUCGCGCGUCAUGCCAGGCCUAAUCAUUUGGGUUUAAAAAUCUAGUAUCGUAGGCCCAGUUUAAAUAACAUUAAUUGUUAUUGUUGAUCUGGCCUUAUAAAGACAAUUAAUGCGGUACACGAUUAUUUUUUAGUGUAAACAAAUGCCCCCCAACUACUUAGUGCAUAAGAAUUAUGGACUAAGUAGUUAACACCAUAUAUAAUAACAACACAUGCCCUGUCUCACUACUUAGCCAAAAUCAGCUUUGACAUGUACACACCUAGCUACCUAACCACCUUUCUCCUUCACGUGGAUGGCAAGUGGCAAGUAGAUUUGGGUCACAUGUUUAGUGAAUUAAAUUCACUCACCACCAACAAUAUACGGCUAUGAAAAUU